AAAAAUUUCUAUUAAUUGUGUUUGUGUUUGUUUGUAAAGGAACUUUUUUGUGAAGUGUUUGGCCUUUGGACGCUAUUAAUUGUGUGUGCGUUUGUUUGUUUGUUUCUAAUGAUGACAGGUAAAGGGCAGAAAAGUGGAAUCGAAAGGGCUCCACUCUGUUCCUGUUUCAGGAGCUCUGGUGAUUCUUCAAUCUGGGAUUCCAUUGCCUGAUAAGAGGACUCUGGAAUUGAUACUUGACAAGCUUCAGAAGAAAGACGCUUAUGGUGUGUUUGCAGACCCUGUUGAUCCAGAAGAGCUUCCUGAUUAUCACGAUGUGAUCAAGCAUCCCAUGGACUUUGCCACUGUGAGGAAGAAGUUGGGAAAUGAAUCUUCUUAUACUACCUUAGAACAAUUUGAGGCUUGAAGGGUCAACAAGUAUGGAGAAAGCUGAGGAGGUGAAGUCCAAGGUGGUUGAAAUUAAGUGGAAGGAACCACUUUGUUAAAUUUAUGCUAACAGUCUCCACUGUAUCUAAGCAAGGGCCAAAAACCAGAGCUUCUGUAGCUGGUGUUACAUCAAUAAACUUAGCUGAAUACGUUCCUGCAGCUGUAGAUAAAGAGACUGAAAUUGUAGUUCCUUUGAAUCUCCCUGGCACCAAUGAUAUUACUAAUCUCUCACUUUUUUUGUCUCUUAGUUUACUGAAACUGGAGGCCCUUCAAGAAUAUUUGGAUGCAGUGCAAAGAUCAACUAUGUGUGUUCCUUCAUCACCCUGUUCUGUUGUUGCUCUCGCAAUAAAUAAAGAUGAGUUUACCACACUUAAAGCGGGUCUGAGAAGAGUAAAAUUCUUUGCUGAUUAUGUAUCAACUAGAAGAGCCAAGAAGGCAAGCUCCAAAGAUGAAGGAAGUGAUGGUAGGAGCUCCAACAGAAGUGAAGAUUUUGAAAAUAGGUAUACAUCGGACGUGGAUUCACUGGAUAAUGAUGUUGCAAUUAAGUCAGAGGUGAAUGAGGAGGAUUCUUGUGUGAGACAUUCAUUGAGUUACGAGACUCUGGCCUCUGGAAACUAUGCAGGAGGAUCACCAUAUUCAGGUUCAACCAUUAAUGGUAAAGAUGAGUGCUGGAUCUACUAUAGAAGCCAAAAGUCUGAUUAUAGGGGUGCACGUGCUGAGAAUUAUAAUACAUGUGAUCAGGUUGAGCAUCAGAAUUCAAAACACCGAAUCCUUUCUUGGAGGAAAAGGAAACUUCACUUUAGAUCUUGCAAGGUGAAAGGGGAGCUACUUCUGAAAAAACACGGAGAAGAGGGUGGACAUGAUAUUGACAAUAAUCAUAGGUUGCUGAGCUCUUUUGAUGAUUACACUAGUGGAAAGUGGCAUAAAAUAGAAAAUAUCGCAACUAGUCCAUCAUUUGUUCCUGAAUUUGAGGAAAACAGUUUCACUGUAGGGAGUUGGGAGCAAAAAGAAGUCAUUAGCCGCGAUGGACAGAUGAAGCUCCAUAAAUAUAUAUUUUAUGAACAUGCCUGA